AUGCACCUUGUACGAGUUGCAAAACGUCAAGUAAAUAAAUCGGUGCAUAAUGAUAUAUUAUUAAUCUAUAUAUAUGCUGGUACACAUUCUCAUGCAUAUGGAAAUUUAAAAUUUUUUAUUGAUAAAUGUGUUCGUCAAGGAGAUCAUGUUGAUUAUUAUUUUAUAUUACAACAAAUUGAUAAUAAACCAAUAAAUGAAAGUGAUAUGCCAUUAUUAACAUCGAAUAAUGCUUAUUAUAUUCAACAUGAAAAUAAAUGUUAUGAUUUUGGUACAAUUGGAUGGUUUUUUGAUCAUUAUACUAUUGGAGAUCCUUGGAAAAAUAAGUCUUUAAAUAAGAAUAAGAAUAAUAAUAAUAGAAAAAUAGAUUUAAGUAAAUAUAAAUAUUUUAUAUUUAUGAAUUCAUCAAUUCGUGGUCCUUUUUUUCCACCUUAUUUUAUUGAAUUUCUAUUGAAAUCUAACAUAAAUUAUUAUUGGUAUUCAAUAUUUAUAAAUCGUAUUAAUAAUUAUGUUAAAUUAGUUGGAUGUACAAUUAGUUGUGAAAGAGUUCCACAUGUUCAAAGUUAUUUAUUUGUUACUGAUUUCAUUGGUUUAACAAUAUUAUUAAAACCAGGUAAUUCGGGUGGCGCAUAUCCAGAAGGAAUAUUUACUUGUUAUCCAACUAAAGAUCAUGUUUCAUUAUAUAGUGAGUUACCAUCAUCAAAUCGAAUACUUGAAUCAGGUUAUAUGAUUGAUUCUCUUCUAACUAAAUAUCAACAUAUUAAUUUUUCUCAAUCACAUAAUAAAGUUUGUAAUUCAAAUAGAAAUCCAUUUAUAAACAAAGCAUUUGAUGGUACAUCAUUAGAACCAUAUGAAGUUGUUUUUGUUAAAUAUAAUGAUUUUGAAUGGACUAAAGAUUCAAGAGAACGAGCACAAUUAUAUGAAAAAUGGAUUAAUGAUAUUCCAUUAACGAAUAGAUCAUCAUGGUAA